AUGGCGUUCGGGGUAUGUCGAUGCCACAUUGGCCCCGCAGCGGCAGUACGGCGCCGUGGAAGGACGCCGCGGGUCGCUGCGCGCGCGGCCCGCGAGUCGGCCGGGAACGGCACGAGCACCACGGCGCCCGGCGCGCAGCCCGACGGGCCGCUGGCGAGCAAGAACGACCCGACGGUGCCGACGGACGAGAGCGUGUACGUGUGCGACGACAUCUGCUCGACGGCGACGUACGGGGAGGCGGAGAUGACCGAGGAGGCCGCGGAGGCGCAGGCCAAGAGCGACCUGUUCAAGGCGAUUGCUGUCGGGACGGGCCUCGGCGUGACGGCGGGCAUCCUGGACCAGCCGUGGGUGGUGUCGCACGAGGCGCUGACGAUGAGCAUCGUCUUCGCGAUCGGCUACGUGGGCAUCAUCCUGGAGGAGGAGGUGUCGUUCAACAAGAGCGGCGUGGCGCUGGUCAUGGCCGUCGCGCUGUGGACGAUCGCGGCGCUCGGGCUCCCGGACGGCGAGGUGCACGCGGCGCUGAGCGAGAAGCUGAGCGAGGUCGGCGAGAUCGUCUUCUUCCUCAUCGGCGCGAUGACGAUCGUGGAGACGGUGGACGCGCACCAGGGCUUCAAGGUGGUCACCGACGCGAUCAAGACGCGCGACCGCCGCGCGCUGCUCUGGUCGAUCGGCACCAUCACCUUCUUCAUGUCGGCCAUCCUCGACAACCUCACCUCGACCAUCGUCAUGAUCUCGCUGCUCCGGAAGCUCGUCCCCGACGCCGACGUGCGCAAGGUGUACGGCGCCGCGGUGGUGCUCGCCGCGAACGCCGGCGGCGCGUGGACGCCCAUCGGGGACGUGACGACCACGAUGCUGUGGAUCAACGGGCAGAUCACGACCGGGCCGACCAUGCGCGACCUCGUGCUGCCCUCGCUGGCGUCCGCCGCGCUGCCGCUCGCGCUCAUGUCGUUCUUCACCAAGGAGGUCCAGGGCACGCUCCCGGAGGACGCCGCCGCCGCGAGCCCGCAGCUGGCGCCGCGCGGGAAGCUCGUGCUCGCGUCGGGCAUCGGCGCGCUGCUCUUUGUGCCCGUGUUCAAGAGCCUGACGGGACUCCCCCCCUACCUGGGGAUGCUGGCGGGCCUCGGGGCGCUGUGGCUGCUCACGGACGCCAUCCACUUCGGCGAGGAGGACCGCGAGAGCCUGCGCGUGUCGAACGCCCUGUCGCGGAUCGACUCCCAGGGCGCGCUCUUCUUCCUGGGCAUCCUGAUGUCGAUCGGGGCGCUCGACUCGAUGGGCAUCCUCAAGGACCUCGCGCGGUUCAUGGACGCGCACAUCCCGAGCCAGGAGAUCAUCGCCGCCGCGAUCGGGCUCGCCAGCGCCGUCAUCGACAACGUGCCGCUCGUCGCGGCCACGAUGGGGAUGUACGACAUCUCGCAGCACCCGGUGGACAGCGACCUGUGGCAGCUGAUCGCGUACUGCGCGGGCACGGGCGGCUCGAUCCUCGUCAUCGGCUCUGCGGCGGGCGUGGCGUUCAUGGGCCUCGAGAAGGUCGACUUUAUGUGGUACGUGCGCAAGGUGUCCCCGUGGGCGCUGGCGGGGUACGUGGGCGGCAUGGGCGUGUACCUCGCGCAGUCGGGCCUCCACAUCCCGAUCACGUCGGCCUUCCAGCAGAUGCUGCCGCACCUCUCGUGA